AUGACUGCUGGUUUUAUAUUUAUGUUCAAAGAUGCCAACUUUUCAAUUAACUGCGGUGGUCCAGCGAGGAGAUCUGCUGAGGGAAUAUUGUACGAGGCUGAAAAUUCUACUUCCCUUGGCCCGGCGUCGUAUUAUAUGGUUAGUACAGAAAAAUGGGCAGUCAGCAAUGUGGGGAUUUUUUCCGAGAAAAGUGAUCCAGUAUAUACCAGGAACACCUUGGCACAAAUUAGGAGCACCAGCACUCCAGAGCUUUUCCAGACUUCAAGGAUGUCUCCGGCUUCACUUAGAUACUAUGGCUUAGGANCGUCGUAUUAUAUGGUUAGUACAGAAAAAUGGGCAGUCAGCAAUGUGGGGAUUUUUUCCGAGAGAAGUGAUCCAGUAUAUACCAGGAACACCUUGGCACAAAUUAGGAGCACCAGCACUCCAGAGCUUUUCCAGACUUCAAGGAUGUCUCCGGCUUCACUUAGAUACUAUGGCUUAGGACUACAAAAUGGAGAUUACAAUGUAAGUCUGCUAUUUGCGGAGACUAUUUUUAGUGAUAGAAGCACACGUACAUGGGAGAGUUUUGGGAGGCGCGUUUUUGAUAUUUACAUUCAGGGGACUCGCCAACUGAAGGACUUUGAUAUAACAAAGGAGGCAGGUGGGGUUGAAACAGCAGUCCAGAAGAAUUUCAAUGCUACUGUAACCCAGAAUUAUCUUGAAAUUCAUCUAUUUUGGGCUGGGAAGGGUACAUGUUGCAUUCCUGCGCAAGGCAAUUAUGGACCAUUGAUUUCAGCCCUCAGUGUUGCUUCAAAGUUUACACCUACUGUUAGUGGACUACCUCCAACAACUUUGCUACCUCCAACAACUCAAUCAAAGAAAAACAGGACUGGGUUGAUUGUUGGUGUUGCGGUUCCUGUUGGAGUUAUCAGCAUAAUAUUGUUACUUUCUAUUUUAUACUGGAAAAAGAAAGGGUCACAUGUUGAGGACGAGGAAG